UUUAACUGACAAAGCAGGGAAAUACUGGGAAAAAUGAAAAAAGGCAAAAGACAAACUGAAAGUUGACCCAGUCCUCAGUUUUACGAGUGCAAUACCAGAAUUAAAUAACACAUAAAUUAAAUUUAAACAUAAAAAACAAAACAACCCCCCCCAAAACUGGAACUAAAUGAAGAGCCAUAAAAGUAAUCAAAGUAUUGUAAAUAAAAAUAAACAAAUAAAACCAAAUAACAUGCUUCAAAGUAAGUUAGCCAAACCAAAAUGCACAUAAAGAGUGAUGGUUCAGGCUGAACGCCAGACGAACAACAUUCAGGAGGAUCUGACAGACGUGGUCAUACCUUUUCCUGCUCAGGCAUCAUAAUGUCAGCAACACAGAGAGACACUGAUCAGCCCUGCUACAAGUUAAAUACUGAGCAAAUUCCAGUUAAACCACAUCACAGUUAGAACAUCACUCCCUGUGUGUGUGUGUGUGUGUGUGUGUAUUUGUGUGUGUGUGUGUAAAUUCGCUCAUUAGCAAGUGUGUACGGCGGGCUGUUCUGAGUGUUGUGUGUGUCUCUGAAAUAAAAGUGAAAUUUGCCUGGAUGCUGUUACUGAAGUUACACAUCUGUAAUGUUUAAAAGGGACUUCUGCAUGUUUUUCAUAUAAUUAUUAAAAAAAGAACAUUUUGUAAAGUAUAACCAAACCAAUAAUGCUAAGACAAAGUAAACAGAAAUCCAUGAUUUCAUCUCUUUUAGGAAAAUCAAACCAUCUUAAAAGCUAAGUGGUGAGUACAUUUAUGUAUGGCAGUUUGUGUAACACACACUGUAGAGCCGUACCAUCCUGAAAUUCCACCUUGUACAAACAUUUGAUAACCACUUUAAAGGUUCUACUAAAUGUGUUCCCAAAGGCAUGGAUCCGUCUAACCACUGUUAGAUACGGCAGAGAAAGAGAGGGGUGGGAAGCUGAUACUGAACAUGAGAUAAGGGAGUCAGGUGGUGCGUUCUGAUUACCUGAGUCAAUAUAACCUGGUGUGAUAACAGCUAAUGUACAGUGGGACUCUUUCAUACCCAGACUAACAAUCCGUUUGCUCAAACAGCUAUUUUUGUAUUUUUCACAGCAAACCAUACAAAGCCUCCUCCUGCCAUCACAUCAACACCAUGCCUCAUCGCAGCUGUUCUGUUGAGAUUACCAACAACUCUGGCUACUACACUCUGGCCAAUCCAAGGGUUUUCAAUGAGAGUGGUGAAUGUGAGGUCCCUCUGCCACCCAUGGUAGGUCCCUGCUCUGAAGCCAGUGCACUGUUUAACAAAGUCACCGGCAGUGCAACUGGAGCAGUUGGAGUCUUCACCUAUGACCUUUUCAAUCCUGACAUGAACGACUAUAGCCACAUCAUGGCUGUCAUGUUCUCCGUGCCGUAUGAUCGAAACCUCUACUCCAACUGGUUUGCCGUGGGGAUCUUUGACAAAGGAACCGACUGUGACUACAAUCUUUAUGACAUCAUGUAUAACGGGAGUGAAAAUAGUUUUGUAAGAGCCAAGGCUGACGGGUCCUGCAUUUCUUAUGAAGGUGACUACAUUAUUGUCAGUGCCUCCAUGUCAGAUUCAGGUGAAGGAAUCCUGAGGGUGGAUGUCAAUGACACGGGGAUGUAUUAACCCAACAGACGCAAGAUGUUACACAAGUAAUAUAAAACAAUCAGUGUCAUCCCACACUGCAAGGGUCAAUCAACUGGUAAAACUGGUUACACUGAUUUCAGUGUAAAUGAGUGCAUGUGAUUGGAUACCGUGUGCUUUUUCUCUCGACUGAUUCAUGAAAGAUUUGUAUGUAUCAAAAUCAAGUUUUCUUUGUAACCAAUGUAUAAUGUACAAGGUGAGAUUAAAAAAAAUCUAAACCUUUA